AUGGUCUUCAAAUCCAAAUCAGCAAGUUGCAGUGAAUCUCGUCCUUGGUGCAAAAUAGCUUACUGGGAACUGUCAAACAGAGUGGGGCGCCUGCUUCCGGUCUGUCAACCUACUAUUAAUGUGUUUGCCAAUCUACCUCAUGGUGAUGGACUGUGCCUUGAAACACUGUCGAGGUCACGCCUCGCAGAUAACUCUUCGGUCUCUCAAACCAGGGCGAAGAUCGGACAUGGAAUUUCCAUCUUCAGAGAAGACGAGGAGGUUUAUGUUUACAAUCGCUCGGAGCACCCAGUCUUUGUGAAUUCUCCUACCCUGGACCCGCCCAAUACAGCAAAAUUAACUGUAUACAAGAUAUUACCUGGUUACUCAGUGAAAAUCUUCGACUACGAAAGGGCCAGGUAUAACCGAAGGUUGUUGGACCCUUCGCUACUAAAAGAUGGGCCUUUCGACCCAAAUGCCGUCCGUAUCAGUUUUGCUAAAGGCUGGGGUGCAGCUAAGUAUUCAAGACGGUUUGUUACCUGCUGUCCUUGCUGGCUGGAAGUGAUAUUCCUUGUCAACAGGUGACAGAGAAAUGGUUGAAGUGCUUAUCUAAUCUGUGCCAUCGUUAAACUUUCUUGAAGAAAGGACAC